AUGACCGAUUCUGGACCGUCAAGAAAAAUGUCACGGGCAAAGUUGGUGAUACUUGGACGAGACAACUGUGGAAAGACAGCCCUGUGUGUUAGAUUCAUCACCAAGCGGUUCAUAGGAGAGUAUGACCAUAAAAAGGAAGUAACUUACAGGUGUCGGAAAACUAUCGACAAGGAGACCAUCGAUUUGGAGAUAUUGGACACAGCCAACAAGGAGUGUGUGGGUUCUGCAGCACCUUCUCUGGAGAGUUCCAUUAAAUGGGGCGACGGUUUCCUUAUUAUGUAUUCCAUCACAGACCGGAGCAGCUUUGAGUCUGUCUCACACUUAAAGAGGCUUAUUGAUCAUGUCAAGCAGACCCUAGGCAUACCUACUGUAAUAGUUGCGAAUAAAUGUGACAUGGAGAAUGGAAGGGUGGUGCGGACAGAAGAAGGACAGGCCCUUGCCAGUGAUCUGAGGUGCAGCUUCUUUGAGUUGUCUGUGGCGGAGUGUUCUGUGGCUGUCGAGUUAGCUGUUGAGAAGUUGGUACGAGAGGUGCGUCUGGAGUACCAGCGCCACCUACUGGCCAUGGACAAACGCUCACGCAUGCUCCAGAUGAGGCACGCACUGAGCCGCAAGCUUACCCGCAGCAAGACCAUGCAGUGGUGA